CUGUAUAACCAAACAGCCGCUUACGAGCGAUCACAUGCUUAAGUUCAACCGAGAUAGUAAACAACCCGAACAGACGACAGUUCCCUUUUUCAAAAUGUGUAAUAGCUGGUCGUUUCGCUUUCGCAACAGCGUCAUUGGUAAUGCGCAGUAGACCGUUACAGUGAUUCACGGGCCAUACAUUGACGAUUACAGAACAAGUUUAACUGUAACUAACUGUAACGACCAGUCGAUGUUCAUCAUGCAGGCCAUCAAGAUUACAGUUCAAGAUUCCAGCGUACUUACUGGCUUCUUUGUGGCCAUCCUGGUGGUGUACAAAUUCAGCUGCACGACGCUAACCGUCUUGAUCUCUGUGAGCGCGGCGUGGCUCGUGUACGACGCCUUCCGGAGGAGCAAAAUCGUCAUCAGCUCCCUGGUCGGCAUCCUCAAACAUUACCUGUGUACUCGUCUCCUGUUUCUCGUCGGCUUCUUCGUCAACAGGAAGCUGCAGAAGAACACAAAGAACGUGCAGAACGUGCAGGAGAAGCUGCUUCUGAAAAAGCUGAAGGAAAAUGAGAACUGCGAGUACGGAAAGCUGUACGGUUUUUCACAAAUCUCGUCCAUACGAGAGUUCACAGAGAGGCACCCGCUGACGAAGUACAGCCAUUACGAGGAGUAUAUUUCCAGGAUGAUGAAAGGGGAGAAAGGUGUGCUGACGUCAUCAGAACCAGUGCGGUAUUCCGUGACGUCAGGCACGACCGGGAAAAGUAGCACGAUACCGGUGUUGAAGGGUCAGGUUCUCGCCACGCUGACGGACGGGGUCACCGAGGCCUACUACAGAAUGGCCAGUGCUUUCCCGAACAUGAAAAUGUUGCAGAAGACGUUGAAAAUAUUCUACAACUCAAAACCACGGUCAACACCGGAUGGCGUUCCUAUCGGCCCGAGUUCCCCGUCACCAAGCCGGAUGAAGACGAUGCUUCACAUGUAUACAACGCCACCUGCCGGCUACGACAUUGAAACGGAACCGGAAGCUCUCUACGUCCAUCUUUUGUUUGGCGUUAAAGAAAAAUCUGUUGGAAUGCUGGAAACCAAUUUUGCAUCUAUUUUACUGAACUCUUUCAAUAUGUUGGAAUUCCACUGGGACGAUUUGGUGGAGAAUAUUGAAACGGGUAAAAUCAAACAGUCUUUGAAUAUUGACGAACGUGUUCGAAAGAAACUAAAUAACUGUUUAAAGUCGGACCCACAACGAGCAGACGAACUUCGAGAUGCUCGCAGACGUGGAAUUGUUGGAUUGGCUAAGCGAAUCUGGCCAGAUCUAAAUAUAGUAACAACUGUUGGUUCUGGUUCAAAUGAAAUCUAUGCAGCGAAGCUUAAAGACACGUAUUUGCACGGUGUGCCCGUGUAUUCGCUGAUGUACGCGGCAUCAGAAGGUCUUCUUGGGGUGAACAUCUGGCCUGACUCGGCCGAGUCGAGGUUCCUGCUGGUACCAUCCGCCCAAGUAUUUGAGUUUAUUCCUGUAGAAAACACAGGAGAACUGCAGCCAAAAACACUGCUGCUACACGAGGUGGAGCUGAACAAAGAUUAUGAAAUUGUCAUCACCAACCUCAGCUGUCUGUACAGAUACCGACUUGGUGACGUCAUCAGGGUGGUUGACUUUUACAACCAGUGUCCUGUGGUGGAGUUCUUGUACAGACAAGGGCAACUGUUGAACGUCCGAGCUGAGAAAACGUCAGAAUAUGCGUUCUAUCAAGCACUGAAUACUACCAUCUCCAUUUGGCCGGACGUGACGUUGAUAGAUUACACAUGCGUGGAGAGUGGUCUCAUGGAUGGGACGGCGCCCUCUGGUGAGGCUCCUUUCUACCACGUCUUCCUCGAACUGGACGGCGCUGUUGUCAGUGAGGAUCAACUUAACAUGAUAGACAAAACUCUCUGCGCACAGUCGUUCGUUUACGGCUCUUUCCGACAAAAGGGAAGCAUUGGACCAAUGAAAGUGCACCAAGUGAAACCUGGAACAUUCGAAAAAUUACGUUACUUCAUGAUAACCACCUCGACAGUCUCAACUAAUCAGUUCAAAGUGCCGCGAGUGCUGAAGCGUGGUGAUACCAUAGACUUCAUUAUGAAUCACGUGAUCACUUAGGCCUAAUGGCGACUUAACGUGAUCACAUAACAGAAAAGUUGUCUAGAGAGAUUCUUUUUUUUUAUGAGGCACGUAACUAUUGCCACGGUUUAUGGAACAGAACGAAUGCUUUCGUUAUCUCAUUCAGGGCAAAACAUUUGAUUAUUGGCACAAUUUUUCUAUUUUACCGUUUAAUUUUAUGAAAUACUUUUAUUUUAUGAAUGACAUUAUAAUAGAAGACUCGGUGCCUGUUGAUGAACUGUUUUAAUAGCGUAUAAUCAUGGGCUGAUUCGAUUGUAUUUAUAUCCAGCAACGUGUAUGUUAUUCAGAUGCAUAAUACAUAUAAGGUAACGCAAUUAUAUAUUCAUAUUAUUCAUUGAAUGUACCGACCUCGGUGAUGUAGUGGUUAAGCUACUGGGUUUAGGGCUGGAAGGUACUGGGUUUGCAUCCUGGUACCGGCUUCCACUCAGAAGGA